AUGUCUCGCUACCAGUAUCAACCCCUCGAUUCAUCAACCAACCAAAUCAGACUCCUUCGUCUUCGAAAGGGCUACCACACCGACACGAUAGAGUGCGAGAUUUUCGAAACCUCUCUCGACGAAGCCGACUGCAUACCCUAUGAAGCUCUGUCCUACACCUGGGGUUUUGAGGCGGAACCUGCUGAGGUCAAGCUAAAUGGCGAACUGGCAUGGGUCACCUGGAACUUGUACAUGGCCCUCAGCUGCCUGCGUCUCAGUGAUCGCGACAGGUUACUGUGGGUGGACGCGCUGUGCAUCAACCAGUCAAACGACCAGGAGAGAGGCCACCAGGUCUCCCACAUGAAGGAGAUCUACCAGAAUGCCGAGCAAGUGCUGAUCUGGCUCGGUCGCGCGGGCGACAACGUCGACCUCCUCUUCGAUCUUAUGACCCAGCUUGAGAGGCGCGCCAUGCUGCAGAGCAACUACCGGAAGCAGUCCCCCGAGAGCUGGCGGGCGAUAUGGCCGGCCAUGGUGGAGGAGCAGGGCGGAACCCAGUCGGCCGUUUACGUGAAGCGCCGUGCUGCGAUGCUGGGGCUCCUGCAGCGCGAGUGGUUCCGCAGGAUCUGGGUCUUGCAGGAGGCGGCCAGCGCCCGACGGGCUUUGAUCGUGUGUGGUUGGAGAUCUAUAUCGUCCAGGACGUUUGCCCUGAUGCCCUCGCUGAUGGACAUUGAGCCUGAUGCUCACUCUAGGGCCGUGUUGGAAAUCAUGCCGGGCCACCUGCGAGGCUCUUGCUGGUGGAGCGAGAAACGCACGCUCGAGACAUUGCUAUGGAAGUUCAAGUCCAGCCGGGCAUCCGACCCGAGAGACAGAGUAUAUGCCUUGCUGGGAAUCUCAUCAGAUGCCUAUCGAAAAGAAGCCUUCCCGGCAAAUUACGAAGUCGAUAUCUGCCGAACAACUCAGAACACGAUAUCCUAUCUUCUAUUUGGGACACUGCAUGAUCCAUCUCUCCAUCAACUCCCGGGAUGGGACUUGGACCACGUUUUUUCCCUUCUCGAAACACCGGAUGCACUAGCCAUGGAGGUUUUCAAGUGGGCUUUGCUCAAUUCUGAUGAUACUCUGGCUCUGAGGAUCCUUAAUCUGGAGGGUCUAAAUGUGAAUCAGGACGGUAGUCCCGGCAGAACGCCGUUGCUCAUUCUGAUUUCCCAAGGCGGUCACGAGAAAGUUCUUCAACAUCUCCUGGCCCGAAAGGACUUAGACGUCAAUGUCAAGGUUAACGGAUUCACCGCUCUAUACCAGGCAGUCAUAAAUGGAUUCACAGACGUGGUCAAGGCUCUGCUGACACGAGAAGACAUCCACAUUCAAACCAUCGGCCCCAAUGGAUUCUCCCCUUUAACAGCAGCCGCAGACAAGGGAAGCUUUGAGAUGGCCAAGCUGCUUCUCGACCAUGGGGCAGACAUCGACGGGAACUAUAAGGGAAGUAGCAUAAACCCACUACGACUUGCAUCAACGCGCUCGCAUCCCGAAGUCGCCAAGCUGCUCCUCGAGCGGGGUGCAAGAGCUGACGGGCCCAACGGGCUGUCCCUGCUAACAGCAGCAGCAGGCCAAGGCAAUCUUGAGAUGGCCAAGGCGCUUCUUGACGGCGGGGCAAAUGUCGAGGGAGGUCCUAGCGAAAGCCGAACAACCCCGCUAUGGGUUGCGUCCAAAGAUCAGCAUCCCGAAGUUGUCAGGCUGCUCCUCGAGCGAGGUGCCGAAGUAAACACCAAGCACGGCCAAUUCGGGUCUUCCCCCUUGUGGGCAGCUUCCGAACUUGGCUACGUCGAGAUAAUGGCCCUGCUCCUUGACGCCGGCGCCGACAUCGAAAGCCAUCAGCUGCCACACAGGGCGACGCCGCUUGCCUGUGCUGUUGAGAAUGGACACUGGGAUGCUGUUGAUCUGCUCCUCGAUCGUGGUGCGAACCCAUUUGCCCUGCACACGGACGGGGAAAUGGUAAUACACAAAGCAGUCAGGUUCGGGAAAAUCGAGUUCCUCCGGAUCCUACACCACAGGAACGUCCCAAUGGACACCGCAGGCCGGACUCCAUUACACGUGGCAGCCAAGCAUGGCCAGGUCGAAGAGCUGAAGUUUUUACUGGGCAUCGGCGCGGAUGUCAGCCGCAAGAACGAUUUCAACCAGACGCCCCUAAUGGAAGCUGUGGCGUUUAGCGAUGCGUCAAUCGUCGAGAUACUAAUUGAACAUGGCUCGGAUGUCAACACGUUGGAGGAUGGCAACCGUACACCACUCAUGGUCGCCUCCUCGCUUUGCAGACUCGACACUGUCCGCGUCCUUCUUGAUCACGGCGCUGAUCCGAACAUCCAAGACGUAUCCGGGAGAACAGCUCUGAUGCGCGUUGUUCCCGUCAUGGGUACGGCUAAAAAGAACGGUCUAGGGAAAGAUGCGGAAAUCGCUACGCUCUUGCUUGAAUCAGGGGCAGAUGUGAACUGUCCAGAUCACCAAGGCAGAACAGCACUUUCCUGGGCCGCCGAACGUGGGCUCUUUUCCGUGAUCAGAGUGUUGCUGGGACAUGGGGCUGAUAAGACAGCCAAGGAUAUGUUUGGUAGGGAACCUUUAUCAUAUUCACUAGGAAAGUAA